AUGCCUCCACCAGAAGCUUCCCAGGCCUUGGUACCAGCUGUGGCGCAAACAACUGUAGACAAUGCAGGGUUAGGACAUGUGAACAAAACUUUAGAUUCAUGUAAAACACGUACACUCCAAACACCAUGCAGGCGGCCAUGGCCAAAGGUGGACUUGACUGGUGAGUCUUGGAGCGCUGAAGCUUUGGCGAAGUGUCCCCUAGCAAAGAACUUCAAAUGUCCCAAGGUGGUCUUGGAUCCCAAGUACAGGUUGCCAGCAGAACCUGGUUACAUGCAGAAUGAAGAUCUUGGCUGUGAGAUUCCUAAGUAUGAAGAGCAAGGUCAGCCCCGUGGAAGGAAACCCGUGGCAGCAAAGGGUCAGAAAGGCAAAGGUCGAAAGUCCAAGGCAGGCAAAGUCAAAGCAGCCAAGACCAGCAAGAAAACUGACAAGAAAAUCAAUAAGAACGGAACAAUCCUGGUAAAGAAGCGAAACCUGAAGAAGAAAAUGGCAAGGGUCAAGCGGGCAUGUUCGGGACAAGAUCUCGCUUCCCAGUCACCUGCAGCGGGCAGCACUGAGCAGCCAAAGCCGACGAAACGUAGCAACAAGCGCAGAAAGGUGUCCCAGAAGGCCCCACUCCCUGACCAGGGUGCCUCCAGCACCAACCAGAAAAUUCCCGAGGAAGUCCCAGAGGUUGGUUCUGUGAACGGUGAAGCUGGUGAAGAGUUUUCCUUCACAAUUCCCGAUGAUGCUAUAAUGGCCCCCCCUACGGCAAAGGGCAAUUCCCUGUAUAGUUCGGCUUACAGGAGAGUUUCAGAAAAUGAUGUUGAGCUUCGCAAGAAGCAUGGCAAGUGGGCAUCUUGGCUUUUCAGGGAGCACAACAUGAUCUCGCCGUCUCUUUCCGGAGUGCCUCGGCAGCGCAAGAAGCGCGAAGCGAAGGAUGGUGAGGGUGAGGAUGAUGAGAAGAAGUUGAACAAGAAACUCUUUGCCAAGAGCGACAGCACCAUCCAGUAUCAGAAGGGCACUAAGAAACGAUUUCAGGGCGCAAAGGACAAACUCCGUGAGACGCAAGUGUACCCACCAGCUUUUGGACGGGAGGUCUGCAAGUUGUUCACGAAGAAAGCAAAGAUGCCUGAUCGACAGCAACUGAUCGACGGCUCGCCCGAUAUGCGAUUGGCAGUGGGCGUAAGCUUCCUGCUGACGGUGGUGGGCAGGGAGCUGCAAAGGCUGAAGAGGGGCCACCUCUCCGCUUUCAUGUUCCUAAUGGACAAGAAGUUAAUGAGUUCUUUCAGCGAUGGCCCGGAUGGGUGCCCUGCUCCAGAAGAACGGGCUGACUCCCCAGCGACCACUUUAGCAGCAGGUGCUAGCAAUGAGGAUCUGUCUGAUUCGGCGCCAUCCACAGUUGGUUGGCCUGAAGCGAUGGGUAUCACUCGGGAGCAUGAUUCACGCCUCUCGUUGAAUGAGUUGGUCAAUCUCACCUGCAGUAUUUUCCCGCUCUACUACGGCAAGCACAUUGCCCUGGAUUCCAUCGCCAGAGCGAAGCCACGCCCAACAACAAAAGCUCAUGUGGCCAUGCCAGUUCCACCCGUUCCAGCCAAAGAAGAAUGGACACCGCCUGACCCAUCAACACGCAGGGUUCCUCAGCUGUGCCCUUUGGAGCGCCCCACCACACCUUUGCGCUGUGCAUCACCCAAAGCAAAACGGGUUCCCAUCUUCAAAAGCCCACCGCCCCCUGCUGCAGCGAAAACCCACGUACAUGCAGCGCCGCCCCAAGCAAAACAACCUGAGCCCAAACCACCACAGCCAUGCCCAGCCAAAGCAGUUGUACCAACACCACCACCGCCACCACCCUACAAGAAAGAAGAGGGAACACCCCCAUCUGCAGCCCGUGCAAAGGCUGAUGCCGUUGCACCUCCACCUGCCCCUGUGGGGAAAGCUUUGGCUCCGCCACCGGCAAGACUGUCGAACGAAGCCGAAGAUUCGGCUUCCACAGCCAAAGCUGCCAGCGCCCUCAUCCCCCCCAAGCAACCCCCAGCUCCCAAAGCAAGCGUUGCAAGCCCCCCUUCUUUUGAAGACUUGGUAGCGUUCGAGAAAAAACUUUUGGACGGGAUGGAAAACAAGAGUGAUGCAGAGAUUGAAGUCAAAAUCAAAGAGGCCCGCAACCAUGUUCAGUUCAACGCUUACAUGAAACACAUGAAGAAGGAGUUCGAGUUAGAGGAAAAGGAUUGGUGCACCUAUGAGCCUCGUGAGGAACUGGUGGGUUUUUACGUUUGGUUAGAAGAAUACAAAGCAGUGUUGACACCGUGCAAUGUCGCCACACCCCAAAACAAUCAUGUGGUUCCAGCCGUUCCAGCACCGCCUCCCUUGGCACAAAAAACAACUUGCACCCCCCUCCCAGCAGCCCCGAAAGCCACAGCAUCCAAGGCAUCAUCGCCUCAACCCAAGACAACAGCAUCAGCAUCAACGGCAUCCCUCACGGCCAGCGCGACACCGCCAGAGCCAGCACCCGUGCGAGCCAAAGCAGUUGCAUCAGCACCCGAGCACUCUCCCACAACACCUCAAAGUCCUGCUGAUCGUGUACAUGUAGAAUCAACUGACAAGGCUGAUGUCCUAAG